UGUUCUGUUCAUCAGCGUAGCAGCUUGGAGAUCUGUAUUAAUGUCUGGAAGAGGUAAGGGAGGUAAAGGGCUCGGGAAAGGAGGCGCUAAGCGUCACCGUAAAGUUCUGCGGGAUAACAUCCAGGGCAUCACCAAACCCGCCAUCCGUCGUCUCGCUCGCCGCGGCGGAGUCAAGCGUAUCUCCGGUCUGAUCUACGAGGAGACCCGCGGUGUGCUGAAGGUGUUCCUGGAGAACGUGAUCCGCGAUGCCGUUACUUACACCGAGCACGCCAAGAGAAAGACCGUCACCGCCAUGGACGUCGUGUACGCGCUGAAGCGACAGGGACGCACUCUGUACGGCUUCGGAGGAUAAACGCGUCCGUGUUAGCAGAAGACCACAAAGGCUCUUUUAAGAGCCAC